UGGGGCUAGUUUCAAAUGUCUGUCGGUUGAUAGGAUGCUUGCGUUUGCCUAAUUCAGCUAGUCCAAAUGGUCUUCUUUAAUGGCCCUAUUUUUUUUUUGUUUCCCUGAAAGCUGUAAAGCCUUUUUGGCAAUCUCAGAUGUCAGGAUAGUCAUACAAAAAAAAACGUGCUCUUACCGUGUCCGGCACUAAUACAAAACUAAAUAUAGCAUCACGUUAAAUGAAGGAUAUAGGGCAUAUACCAAAGGCUAUCAUUCAAUGGUUAAUGACCAGUCAAUAUUUGGCCCAUCCAGCAUGCUAAAUAUAGCAUAACAAACAUAGGCAAGCCAAAUUGGGCCAACCUUCCUAUUUCCUUUUUCUGAUGCUUCACGUGCUAGCUAUCGUAUUCUUUUACAGACGAAAUCUGAAGUUAUGAAGCAACAUUUUAUGGGGCGAUGGAACCUAAGAAAACCCUAUUUAAGGGAGUGAUUGAGGAUUUUGGAGGAAGAGCAGCUUGCUACAAACAAGACUGGCACAACGGGUUCAGUUCUGGGUUCAGGAUAUUGGCACCUACUCUGUACAUCUUCUUUGCGUCUGCACUGCCUGUCAUCGCCUUUGGGGAGCAACUUAGUAAAGAUACAGAUGGUACGCUAACGACAGUUGAGACAUUAGCAUCAACUGCUUUAUGUGGCAUCAUACAUUCUUUACUGGGUGGACAACCACUGCUGAUUGUGGGAGUUGCAGAACCAACUAUUAUCAUGUAUACAUAUAUCUACAAUUUUGCCAAAAAUCAGCCAAACCUUGGAGAACGAUUAUUCCUGGCAUGGGCUGGAUGGGUUUGCAUCUGGACUGCGGUCAUGUUGUUCCUCAUGGCAAUGUUUAAUGCCGCAGCUGCUUUGAAUAGAUUUACAAGGUUUGCAGGAGAAUUGUUUGGAAUGUUAAUCACCAUCCUGUUCAUGCAACAAGCUAUCAAGGGAAUGUUGAGUGAAUUCAGUGUGCCUGAGGAUAAAGAUCAGAGCCUGCCGAUAUACCAGUUCCAUUGGGUAUAUAUUAAUGGUCUGCUUGGAGUUAUCUUUUCAAUGGGACUGCUCUAUACUGCAUUAAGGAGCAGAAGUGCAAGGUCAUCGCUCUACGGAACUGGAUGGCUAAGGAACUUGAUUGCUGACUAUGGUGUUCCACUUAUGGUGAUACUGUGGACCGCAUUGUCAUAUUCGUUGCCCAGCAAGAUACCUUCAGGUGUUCCUAGGAGGCUGUUCACCCCACUUCCUUGGGAACCCAAGUCACUGCAACAUUGGACGGUAGCUAAGGAUUUAUUUUCUGUCCCUCCAAACUACAUAUUUUUGGCUAUUGUGCCUGCUGUGAUGGUUGCGGGGCUCUAUUUCUUUGAUCAUAGUGUAGCUUCACAGAUGGCUCAGCAGAAGGAGUUCAACUUAAAAAACCCAUCGGCAUAUCAUUACGACAUUAUGGUCCUGAGUUGUUCGGUGUUGAUUUGUGGUCUUCUUGGCAUUCCUCCAUCUAAUGGAGUACUUCCCCAGGCCCCCAUGCACACGAGAAGUCUGGCUGUCCUCAGGAGGCAGGCACUUCGCAAACAGAUGGUCCGAACCGCCAAGGAAGGCAUGAUGAACAAUGCUAGCAGCUCAGAGGUUUACGGCAAGAUGCAAGAGGUUUUCAUUAAAAUGGAUGACAAAGGCAGCGAGGGUUCUGCUCACAAAGAGCUCAAGGAAUUGAAAGACGCUGUUAUCACAGAGGGGAAUGGGGCAGGGAGUGGGCCUGAGGUAUUUGACCCUGAAAAGCAUCUGGAAGCUUACUUGCCUGUACGGGUGAAUGAGCAGAGAGUGAGCAAUCUGCUUCAGUCCCUGCUGGUCGCGGGUUGCGUUGGAAUCGUGCCGGUCAUUCAGAGGAUACCUACAUCGGUCCUGUGGGGUUACUUUGCGUAUAUGUCCAUCGACAGCCUGCCGGGGAACCAGUUCUGGGAGCGGAUACAGCUUCUGUUCAUCGCCCCUCAGCGGCGAUACAAGGUUCUUGAAGGCGCCCAUGCGUCCUUCUUGGAGUCGGUGCCUUUCAACAAGAUAUUGGCCUUCACCAUUUUCCAGCUCAUUUAUCUAUUGAUCGUCUGGGGGAUGACAUGGAUACCGGUGGCAGGGAUCCUCUUCCCGCUCCUCUUCUUCUUCCUCGUUGUCAUCAGGGAGCAUUUCCUCCCGAAAUUCUUUGCUGCACGCCACCUGUGGGAACUGGAUGCGUCCGAGUAUGAAGAAUGCGAGGGAAUGCGCCGUGACCCAUCGAUAUCAGAGGGUGACGGCGAAGCUCCCGCUGAAUAUGCUUCCGAGGUAAUGGAGGAAUUCACGACCCACCGUGGAGAAUUGAAGCACAGGGCUCCAAGCUUCCGAGACGAGCGGCUGAUACGGCUGAACUCUGUCCAGAUGACGAGACAGUUCUCCCGGAUCUCCUCUCUUACUCCUACACGGCCCUGACGACGAAAGGAGAUUGUUCAACAAACACUUUUUUCAUGGCAUGAAUCUCCUGACGGAGGGUGCAAAAGACGCGGCAGCUCGUAAGUGAACGUACGGAUGCUUUUUGGGGCCGAAGACAUGUCGAGGAAACUGUGCAGAGCAAGUGCCACUUGCUGCAGGGGAGGAAUGGGGGAAUUUGUUAGGGUGCGCGAGUGUUGCGACGCAUGUGCUGUUUGUGCAUAAGAAAAGAAAUGGGAGGGGAUACGGCGAGGGAGCAGUCUAGUAUUAUGUUUGUACGCCGUUUGUGAUUCACUCAAUGGGGAUGCAGCUCCUCUAAUUCUAUGGGAAGUGAUUUAAAUA